CCAGGUACCAUCAUAUGAUCGGCACUUGAAGUUCAAAUUACGUUAUUCAUUCUGAGAAUAUAUAUAUAAUUGAGUUGGAAUAAUAUUACAGUCCACAAUAUAAUGUCGGGAGCUCAAGGAGCACAGCCGCCGGAAACAUUCACGGCGACGGCGUACGAGUCCGUCCAAGGCGGCCAGAACAAGACGCGCCUCGAUAUCCGCUCCAAAGAAGAUGAAGGCCCAAUCCAAAUCGACAAACUGCAGGAUAAAGUCGACGACGCCGUCGGCACCGGCGGCCAAGUUUUCUCCGCCGACAAGAAUGACGACGGCGGCGGCACCAAUGAUUCCGGCGUCUCCGGCACCGCCUAGCCGCCGCCGCCUCCACACACACACACAUAUAUGUAAUAAUAGUUCUAAAUUUCGCGUUACCCUGUGAAUUAUGUUUAAUCAUCUCAGUGUUGUAAUAUACAAUAUAUAUAUAUAAAUUUCCGAUGUUCUGAAUUAA